GCUUUCCAUCCUUCCAUCCAGGAAGUAGCAUGUGAGCCCGGGUCUGGCAGAGACUUUAAAACAGGCUUGGGAGAAAAAAGGCGAGGGAGCGGGAGGAAGAGUCCAAGCACACGCCUCUGGAUCCUAGCGCCGUUGUUCAGUGAUCGUUACUGCUAGGCUAGAGCUGAUGCGUGUGCCUGGAAAUAUGAACACAUCCACAUUUCGUUUUGGCCAGCACAUCAUCAAGGCAUCAGCAGUGUUUCUUCAGACGGAAUUGUCCUUUGCGCUGGUAAAUCGAAAACCAGUGGUCCCUGGACAUGUGCUGGUGUGUCCUCUCCGCGUUGUCGAACGCUUCCGUGACCUGCAUCCGGAGGAGGUGGCCGACUUAUUCAAGACGACGCAGAGAGUGGCAGAUGUUGUGGAGACUCAGUUCCAGGGCUCCUCCCUGACCAUCGCUAUCCAGGAUGGCCCUGAAGCUGGACAGACUGUGAAGCAUGUUCAUGUUCAUGUCCUCCCGAGAAGGGCUGGGGACUUUGAGAGAAAUGACAGCAUUUACGAUGAGCUCCAGAAACAUGAUCGGGAGGAUGAGGACACUCCAGCACAGUGGAGAACAGAGGAGCAGAUGGCAUCAGAAGCCAGCACUCUAAGGAAACGCUUUAACUGAACCUGCCAGGAAUCCUAUGCGUACAGACCAUCAAAUUAAAUUUCAAGAGAAAUGUAACAUUUUGAUAGCAUUCCACAACAACUCAAUUCCAGUCUCUUAAACUCCUUCUGCAAGCUGUACUUUUCUCAGGUCUGGAGGUCUGCGCAAUACUCUUGGUUAGCACCGAUGUGAUAUAUUAAAUUUCUCAUUAUUACCUGUA